GCAGAUCGUUAAUAUACACUAAAAAGAAUAGUGGCCCCAAAAUCGAUCCCUGAGGAAUUCCACACUUAAUCGGUUUAGAAUGAGAUAAUGUACCAUUUAUAAAGCAUUUUUGUGACCGAUUUGUUAUGUAUGAUUCAAGUAACCCCAAUGAAUGCCGUUUUACCCCAUACAUAUUUAGCUUUUCAAUCAAGAUUUCAUGAUCAAUGGUAUCAAAAGCUUUUUUAAGAUCUAAAAAAGCAACAAUAUUAAGCAAACCUUUAUCCAUAUUUGAAUACCAUUGAUUAGUGCUAUCAAGAAGAGCCGUAGUUGUAGAGUGAUAUCGUCUGAAACCGAAUUGACAUUUCGAAAGUAUGCUAGCAUUGGAUAAAUAGCCAUGUAGUUGCUCAUAAAGUAUACUUUCAAAGGCCUUGCUGAUAGCUGGAAGGAUAGAGAUUGGGCGAUAAUUAUCCAACAAAUUUUUGGGACCUUUCUUAUGGAGAGGUAUAACCUUGGCUACCUUCCAAUCGCGAGGAAAGACCCCAUUCUGAAUUACAUAAUUAAAUAAUUUAGUCAUAGAUGGCGCUAUAAUGGCUAUAGAAAGUUUCAAUACUUUUAUUGGAAUUUUAUCAACUCCGAUUGCCUUAGAGGAGGAUAAAGCAUGAAAUUAAUGUAAAACUUUAUGAACAGAUACAGUAUCAAACUCAAAAGUCGUGGAUGAUUUACUUAUGUAUGAACUAAAGUGAGUAUUUCCAGAAUCAACGGAAUUUGCAAUUUUGUCUCCGAUAGUAGAAAAAUAUUCAUUGAAAGUCUCAGCUAUUUCAUUAGAACCAGAAAUAAUAUUAUCAUUUUGUCUAAUGCUAGAUAUAGAUGAUUUAUUAUGGCCUCGCCCAAGGAUUCGAUUUAUAGUUUGCCAACUUUCUUUUGGAUUGUGUUUGUAUUUAUAAAGCAAAUUACUAUAAUAUAAUUGCUCAUCCUUUUGUAAAGUGCAUGAAACAACGUUUCUGGCCGUCUUGUAUGCAUUCCAAUCUAAAGUGGAAUUGGAUUUUAUUGCCUUCAAUUUAAGUUUAUCCCUUUCAAACAUUAAUUUUUUAGAAUUUUUAUUCAACCAAGGGAUAUUACUUCGGGUUCUUACUCUUUUCAUCCUAAGAGGGGCAUGCACAUCAAGAACUGCCAGAAACAAAGUUUUCCACAAACACCAUUUAGAGUCUACGUCAUCCUCACUGUCUAAAAGAUCCCAUGGCUGAGAUAAAAGAUCUUCUUGAAAUCUGCUGGGAUUGAAAUGUUUAAAAUUUCUAAUUUCAACAGUCUGAUGGGCUCUCACCCUUUUUUGCACAUUAAUUUUGCGAACAACAAAUAUUAAGUUGUGAUCGCUAAUUCCGAUUGGAAAUACAUCCGAAAUAUAUAAUUUUCUCAGGGAGUGAGGAGAUACAGACAUCCAAUAAGGAGCUUGUGGUUUGAGUUACACGAGUAGGUUUAACGAUUAAUUGGGAAAGUUGAUAGACAUUCAAAAAGUCAUUUAGUUUUUUGGAUGCCGAAUUCAACGAAUCUAACAUAUUGCAGUUUAAGUCACCAACCACAAUAAUUUCUUUACCUUCACUAUCAAGUUUAUCAAUAAAGGAUUCUAUCAUAGAAAAAUACUGAGAGCUUGCACUAGGAGAUCUAUAUAUACUAGCAACAAUGAAUGGUUGACUGUUUGGUUUGUGAAUUUCAACACAGACUGCUUCAAGAGUAGCAGGGAUUGAAUCAUUUCGAUUAAGAUAGUUUAAAUUACUUCUAAUAUAUAGGCAAACACCACCACCUUGCCUAUUCCGAUCAGGACGAAUCAGGUCAUAAUUAUGAACAGACAUCAAAUCAUCAGACAACAUAUCGUCUAGCCUAGUCUCAUUCAAAGCAAGAAUAUCAAGAUCUUGCUUAGCUAAUAGAAUUCUAAUCUCAUCAAUAUAUUUCGGCAGGCUGACAAUGUUUAGCAUGGCUACCUUAAAGCCCCUAAUUUUAGGAAAGCCAGACUCAAGUAUACUUAUUGGAUUGCAACUGGCCCGAAUCGAAUAUCAUAUAUAAUUAGAAAAGUUACUGCUAAGAUAGCUCUCCUUUCCGAUUUAGGUGUAAACCUUUAAGGUUUAGACAGCUUUCAUCUAGAUUUGAAUUAUCAAUAAAGGACCAGUUAUUAGCCACGCAAGUUGAUUUCAACAACUUGUUUACAGACUUUAUUUUCGAUUUUAAAUUUAGGCCCUUUCUAACUAUUAAACCAGAGAUAGUCACUUUAGUAUUAGGUCAUUUCUUGGUUAUCAUUGAUGCUAAUCUAGAAAUACCUGCAGCGAGAACUUCAGGCGAGUCAUUUCCUUUGAUAUUGUUCGUGCCAAUAUGGAGAAUUAUUUAAUCGGGUGAUCGUCGUAUAAUAGGUUGCAGAAAAUCAUUCAUGUCAUCAAUUUUAGCACCAGAAAACGACUUAACGGCAACGCUGACUUCUGUAUUUGACAUUUCCCAACCAUGCACAUGUUGAAUCAUUGAGUCGCCCGCGAUAAUAACAGUUUUUCUAUCCUUUUGACUUAGUUCGUUCUUUCUCGGUCUAUCAUCGGAUGUAUUAUCUUGAAAACCAUGACCCUUGCUCAUUUGUCUUUGAUCAUUCUUUCUCGAUCUCUCAGCGGAUAUAUUGCCUUGAAAACCAUCACCCCUGCUCUUUUGUCUUUGAUCAUUCUUUCUGGGUCUAUCAUCGGAUGUAUUUGGCGUAAUAACAUUCACAUUUGAAUUUCUUACCUCAUUGGCACUGGUGUCUGUUCCUUCCACGCUAAGAAGGGAAAACCUGUUUGUAUUAACUCUCACCGAGGGGCCUUUAGGUUUAUCAUCGAACGAAUCGUCAACAGUGAUUACCGAAGAUCUACUUGCAUUCGAACUGUCCGUUGGAUGUUUGGAUUCAGCCUUCUUAUUACUUCUGAUUUCUGUCCAAGAUCCUGUGGUUUCCCCUUGAACAUUAACAUCAACCUGGAGUAACUUAAUGGCUGUCAUUAGGCUCAUUUUGUCAUUCUCUAAAUCCUUAAUUUUGGUAUUCAAAUCUGAGACAGUGCAUAACAGAUUGAGGUUUCUCUCAAGAAGCGAAGUAUUUUCGAGUUUAAGUCGAUUAAUUUCACUCUUUAGCUCAUCGCCAAUAGCAUAGGAGUCUAUACUUUUUAAGUCAUCAAUUUCAACAGCCAAAAAAUCAAAUUUCUCAGUUUUUAAAUUGUGAACAUCAGAUGUUAAGACUUCAAAUUUAGCAGCCAUUGUCUCAAUAAACUCGUUCAUUGUUUGCUUUAAGACAUUUAUCUCACUUGCUUCAUUAAUCAUCGGUUCGGUGAGCACUGUUAAAUUAUGCAAGCUAGAGUGCAAGUUUUUAUCGCCAUCUUGACUCACAUUAGCCGCUUUUUCACGCUGGAUAAUUUGAACAAGUUUGCUUUUGACUUCCUCGGUCUUUUUUUCAAAGUUAAAGUCCCCUUCGUCGAGUACCAGCGAAUAGCUAUAUCCCUACUAUCAAACAGCUUACAAUCGCCACCAGACGACGUCCAUUUAGCAGGCGAAAUUUGAAGGUCGUUAAUUAACUAGGCAUUUAAGAUCUUCAAAACUACCAGCCCAUUUCAAGCUUCCCUUCGCCGAAAUAGAUAAUAAAGCUCCUUUAGAAGCUAACGACUCAUUUAUAGGAUCUCCGCUUUCUUUAUCAUUUAAAUCAAUAGUAUAACUUUGAGAUAGAUCAGAGAGCUUUUCACAGACCUCUUGACAGUACGCCAUGAUCACCAUAGCCUCGCGACGUUAGUAAUACUAUUUUUUUCGUUAAAAUUAGGUCAAAUUUCCUAGUUUAAGCAUACAUGGAAUUGAGUUUAUUUAUGCAUACAUAUUUGUACUAAAAACAAAUUUGUUAACUUUUUGUCUUGUUAUUUAAUAAACAAAUUCGCCGCCAAUAUAUGUAGUAAUGUUUUCGCUGUAUUAUUCUCGCUGUACUACUUUAUCGGUUUUUGACAAUUUUUUGUUAUAGAAUUGUUUUGUUCGAUAUAAUAAAACUCUUAUUGGAUUCAUCUUCGCCCAAUAUGGCAAAAUAUUAAGUCUCGACUUCAAUAUUAGGCUCGAUCUUCCGUUUCGCCCAAUAUUGAAGUCUCGACCUAAUAUCUUGCCAUAUUGGGCUCUGAAGAAUCCAAUAAGAUAUAUUAUGAUGAAGUUUUUUAUUUCACUAGAAAAUGCGAGAACAAGUAUUCAGAACAAGUACUCUUUGGAAGCUGAUGGAUUGGAGAUUUUUGAAAUUGAGGCGGACACACGCAAACAUGAUGCACAAGAAGUAAUGAAUGUCAUGAUAAACUAGAAAUACAUGCAUGCCGUAACCCCUCGCCAAUAUUUUCCAAACAUUAAAUUAACAUGAACCAUUCACCCACUCAACAUCGUUGGUGACCGACGCCCGCGCUCAUUGAUGAACUUUAGACUUGGCUAAUGCUUUCGUUUCCCCGGGUGUAAAUAGCCGGGGGGAAUUAUUACCUCGCCCGGGGCUUACGCCCGGAACGGCGCUCCGCGCCGUUAGCUCGGGGAUUAAAUGUACAUUAUAUACGUAUUUACAUUUAUAUAUGAAUCAAUGUCAUAAUAUACAACACUUGAUAUCUUUAAGCAAACUUUUAUACAAAAAUUAAAUCCUUUUGUCACAGAUCCAGCGACAACCUCCGUCAAAUGAUGCUUGUUAUGCAGACAAUAUUGAUGAUUCUCAGGCUCAGCGUUAUGCAGGUAGACGUGAACAAAAAUAAAAUACAAUUCACUUGAGCAAGCACUGCAGCAUCUACUGUAUAGUUAAUAAAAUUUACCUAUUAACUGUAAUAUUUCACGUAAGUGCAUGACUUGCGAUUGGAUAAAAAUCGUGUUUAUUAAGCUGGUUGCAUGCAUACGAGCCAGUUUUGGUCUAACGGCUAUUAGUAGAUAUAUGCUAUCCAUGCAUACUAGUAUACUAUUGGAAAUGUAAUUUGAUUUGCUACGCUACUCGCUACCUAUUCCUCGAGAGAUAGCGAGUAGCAAAACAAUUUUCCUAGCGGACGUUUUGUAAAGAAAAUGUCUUCUGGCUCGCGUUUGCAUUUUUGAAUAUUUUAUGUUUGAUCUCUGAAUCUACUGAUUGGAUCUCUGAAUCUACUUGAUUCGGGCUUCGCCCUCUUUAACUAUAUCUGAUUAUAGAAAUCUCGAGCUCGUAAUCAAAUUGUUAAUUAGUGUUAAUUAUUGAUUUUCAAUAUAGCAAUUGUGGACAGCGUUGGAAGUGAUAGCGAUGGAAACUCUGAUGGCAUAUCCUUGGAAAAUAUCGAAGAAGUUCGCUUUUAUAACAAUGACCCAGCACUACCAGUGUACCGUUGGGGGUUAUUAAAUGGUUUGGCAACGGAUGACGUGGCAGCUAUUCUUUUAAAGGAACAAAUACAUCUAACCAAGAUCGCUACAAGAGUUCCCUCCCACCUGUAUAAGUAAGAAUACAGCUUUUGUUGUCGACUCAACGAAAAUCCGCAGCAGUGAAGAUAUCAGAUGUGAUGAUAUGGGGGCGUGGGCUUACACAGGAUCAAAAGCUUUUUCCUAUUACAUUGAUGAGGAUGGAAAAGUCCAUAGAGGGGAUGAUUCGGAAAAUCAUAAGGAAUAUCAAUUUACCCGUCAAUUUUUUAAAAACAAGAGCUUACCGUCAUUGCGAAAGGUGAUAAUAACUGCACAAAACGUCAUUUCAAAGAUUACAAGUGAUUUGUGCUUUAUACAGUACAUUUUUGGUGACGGGGAACAAGAUGUUGUUGUGCAAUCUCAUGGAAACAAGAAGAAGUUGGAUUCCACAGGCGUUCGUGGCUACAGAAGAACAACGAAGAGUACGAAAGAUCUCAUAGAGAAAAAGCUGACGGUUGUACCACCACGGGAAGCUACUCAAGAAAUCGUAAAGGAAAGGGGUGGAAUCAUGAAUAUAACUAACGCCGGAGACUUUCCUCGAAAUCGCAGCCAAAUUUAUAACAUCAACAAGAAGAUGAAAAGUAAAACGAGUGGAGUGGAUCUCUCGCACAAUGACCCGCUGUUACAAGUUAUCAUAAAAGCGAAAGAAGAGCAAAUGGGAAGGGCAGAAAACAUCCUUAUUCGAGAAGUUCCAUUGUUUCCCGAGCCAAUCGUGUUUCUGGCAUCAGAUCAGCAGCUGGAAGACAUUGAACGGUUCUGCACAAACCCGGCGAGAUUUUGCGUACUUGGUGUCGACGCAACAUUUCAAAUUGCCGGGUUUUAUUUCACGUUUGUCACCUAUAGAAAUCUGAUGCUGAAGACUAAAAGAGGAAAUCAUCCCGUUUUUAUUGGCCCCGGAAUACUCCAUAAACAAAAGUUGUAUACCAGCUAUAAGACAUUACCACUAUUGAUGUCUAAAUAUCGAGCUGGAACCAGUGCAGUUCUAGUUUACGGCACAGACGGGGAAGAUAACAUGGCAAAAGCGUUCUCAGAUGUUUAUUCCAAUGCGAAGCACCUGCGUUGUGACAUACACAUGAAGGACAACGUGAAACAUAAGCUAACCCGACUUGGUAUUACUGGAGAUGUUGCUUCGGAGAUUAUGUCAGACGUAUUUGGUAAAAACAUUGAUGGCGGAAAAGACGGAGGUUUGGUUGACUGUUCCUCUUCCGAAGAAUUCGACAGCGCUUUAACAUCAGCUACAGAAAAGUGGAACACUAUUCAUGAAAAUGGUAAGGAUUUUGUGCAUUAUUUCCUAAAAGAAAUAGCUGACGUUAUUAGAGAAACGGCAACAACUGACAUUCGUUCUGUGUGUGGUCUGGGGUAUCCACCAAAAGCAUACACUCAAAAUGCAAACGAAUGUAUGAAUUGUCUCAUAAAAGCACAAGAAACGUCCAGUUUUUCCAAAAAAGAGGCCGCACUACUUCCUUACAUAGAGAGAAUCAGAAGAGAAAUUGUUCGUCAACAAGAAGAUCAGUUUUUAUCUAUUUUAGGAAGAGGUCCGUAUCAGCUAACGGAUGAGUUCUCUUUCCUGGAGGUCGAAGAGCAAAAAUUUUAUUCAAUGACCGACGUCCAGAAGAAAUCCCUGAAAAAAAGUUCUUCUCUGCGAAGAUGACUGAAACGUCAACACCAGCAACACGAUCGAUUACAACACAAUGUUUGUCAGUCAGAGAAGAAGAUGCACAAAUUAUCGAUAUUCCUUUCCCAAUUUUGAAACGCAUAUUCGAUAAAGCUGCUUUUUUAUCAAGCGACCCAACGUAUGUUAUAAAGGUGCCCACAAGUUCUAACGAUCGUCCAACUUUUAUGAUGCACAGUACUUCUUCUGAAAAUCCACACAAAGUCGUGGCGUUUCCCGGGAGCGGUAAAGUUUCUUGCGAUCAGUCAUGCACAGGCUGGACAUUAUACGGUAUGUGCUCUCAUACAGUCGCAGUGGCAGAAACGUUGAAACUAUUGAAAGCAUUUCUGAAGUGGUUCAAGGAAAGGAAGAAGUCUCCUAACCUUACAACGCUUGCGAACAUCAACAUGCCACAAAAUAAAGGCAGUAAACGUGGUACAAGAAAGAGAAAGGGUGCGGCAAACAAGCAGCCCACCGAAGGUUUGACGGUGCUAUCCAAACGCCUGACACAGCCAAAUGUAACAUCAUACCAAAGCCAACCAGAAAUUCUGCCCUCUAAUUUCCAGAAUCAACUUCUUGCCCCAUUUGCAUCUCCUGUACUUCAGUAUGACACUCUGCCAACCAGCGUUCCACUUCAGCACGUGGCUCAGUCGGCUAUUAAAGCUCAUCAGAAUGGACAAUUUCCCUGGCUUUCCAACCUGGUGUCUCAUCAAAGUGCCUUGACAUCCAACAUGGCAGCUCAGCAAGGAAUUCAGUCCUCCAAUCUGAUGUCUCAACAAAAUGCCUUGACGUCCAACAUGGCAGCUCAGCAAGGAAUUGAGUCCUCCAACCUGAUGUCUCAACAAAGUGCCUGGACAUCCAACAUGGCAGCUCAGCAAGGAAUUCGGUCGUCCAACGUGAUGUCUCAACAAAGUGCCUGGACAUCCAACAUGGCAGCUCAGCAAGGAAUUCGGUCCUCCAACCUGGCUCAACAAUGUUCCUUGACAUCCAACAUGGCAGCUCAGCAAGGAAUUCGGUCGUCCAACGUGAUGUCUCAACAAUGUUCCUUGACAUCCAACAUGGCAGCUCAGCAAGGAAUUCGGUCGUCCAACGUGAUGUCUCAACAAUGUUCCUUGACAUCCAACAUGGCAGCUCAGCAAGGAAUUCGGUCGUCCAACGUGAUGUCUCAACAAUGUUCCUUGACAUCCAACAUGGCAGCUCAGCAAGGAAUUCGGUCGUCCAACGUGAUGUCUCAACAAUGUUCCUUGACAUCCAACAUGGCAGCUCAGCAAGGAAUUCGGUCGCCCAACGUGAUGUCUCAACAAAGUGCCUUGACGUCCAACAUGGCAGCUCAGCAAGGAAUUCGGUCGUCCAACGUGAUGUCUCAACAAUGUUCCUUGACAUCCAACAUGGCAGCUCAGCAAGGAAUUCGGUCGCCCAACGUGAUGUCUCAUCAAAGUGCCUUGACAUCCAACAUGGCAGCUCAGCAAGGAAUUCGGUCGUCCAACGUGAUGUCUCAACAAUGUUCCUUGACAUCCAACAUGGCAGCUCAGCAAGGAAUUCGGUCGUCCAACGUGAUGUCUCAACAAUGUUCCUUGACAUCCAACAUGGCAGCUCAGCAAGGAAUUCGGUCGCCCAACGUGAUGUCUCAACAAUGUGCCUUGACAUCCAACAUGGCAGCUCAGCAAGGAAUUCGGUCGUCCAACGUGAUGUCUCAACAAUGUUCCUUGACAUCCAACAUGGCAGCUCAGCAAGGAAUUCGGUCGCCCAACGUGAUGUCUCAUCAAAGUGCCUUGACAUCCAACAUGGCAGCUCAGCAAGGAAUUCGGUCGUCCAACGUGAUGUCUCAACAAUGUUCCUUGACAUCCAACAUGGCAGCUCAGCAAGGAAUUCGGUCGUCCAACGUGAUGUCUCAACAAAGACAAAGUGCAUUGACAUCCAACAUGGCAGCUCAGCAAGGAAUUCGGUCGUCCUGUCGAGAAUUGCCCCCUGAUAGUUCUCAACACAAUACGUUUUAGGUUUCUUUAGUUUUAAUAACGUUUAUACGCACUAUAAAUCUCUCACAACACGCUGUCUCAAAAUUGUUUCACAAUCACAAUAACAACUACCGGUAUAUUCCGGAACUUUCCGAGAGGGUUCAGUUCGGACUCGCGCGUCCCACGCGUAAACAUAAUAUAAUAUAUAAUUAUAUGACAGUUUUCGACACCCUCCCCCCAUAUAGCUUGUAAAGGAUAUAUGUUCUCAAGAAAACUUUUACUGUAAAUUAUCAAGUUCUAAUGUCUCAAUGUUUACACUUGUUCUCCAUUUUCGAUUUCGGCCAUUUCCUGGAUUCUGGAACGCGCUGCCACCGCCGCGUCUCGAGUUGUUUGGAAAACAGGAGCUGUUGGGUUAA